AUGUCUCCCAACGUCCUCAGCGCCCGCUCCACCAACACGCAAGUCAAACCCACGUCGUCACCAGAAAAGGCAGCAGAGAAGGAUGUUAAGAGUCUCGCCUUCCACCGCCAAGUCCUGCAGUCACGCAUGAAAGAUGGCGAACAAGAGCAAAAAUUCGUCUCACCCUCCGACGACAUUAUGAGCCCUGCGACGCAGAAACUGCAAGCUUUCAAGACUAAGCACGCCAUGAAGAAGUCGAAGCCUCAGCUGCUGUUUAAGAAGACGGGUGCUAAGAACUUUGAGCCGUUGAAGGAUGGCAGUGCACUCGUGUUCGCUGAUAUUCCCAAGAAAGUGGCGCAGACGGAUGAGGGUGGAGAUGUCCAGGUUGUGUGA